GAUGCCGGAAACUGAAGCCCCUGCUCCAGCCCAAGACCGGAAGCGGAAGCGUCGAUGGUACAGAGGAAGAAAUAGCGGGGCGGCUCGCUGAACUGUGGGUACGGUCUUCUCCGCUGGGGGAUUGGAUUCACGUGACAAGUAAAUUAUAUCUGGAGUUCAAGUCUGAGUUGAAACCAGUCUCAAGGUUCACCUGUCCUCAUUGACACGUGGAUUUCUGUGUGACCAGAGCCCAGUCCUGAGUGCACUGUGGGGACAAGAGGAGGGGCAUCCUGGUUCUCCAGCUCCUUGUUGCUGAGGAAAACGUCACUGUUUGAAUUGCAGGAUGGCGACCAUGGUCCUGUCCCCUACUUGUGCUCAGUCGUCCCUGUACACAGCCCCUCACCAGAAAGGAUACACAGAGGAGGAAGGGUUGGCCAGUGGCUUCCCGACGGACUGGUUACAGGACUCGGUGACUUUCGAGGACGUGACCGUGGAGUUCAACCAGGAGGAGUGGGCACUGCUAGACUCUUCUCAGCAAAAGCUGUAUAGAGAUGUGAUGCUGGAGAACUACGGGAACCUGGCGUCGCUUGGAUAUCAUGUUGAUAAACCCAGUCUGAUCUCCCAGUUGGAGCAAGAAGACAAGGUGAUGACAGAGGAAGAAGGAAUUCUCCCAGGCACCUGUCCAGAUUUGGAAACGGUACUUAAAGCAAAAUGGUUAACUCCGAAGAAGCAUAUUUUUAGAAAAGAACAUUCUAAUGGUGUUAGAGCGGAGAGGAGUCAUCUGGGAGUGAAACUCAAUGAAUGUAACCAGUGUUUUAAAGUCUUCAGCACAAAAUCUAACCUUACUCAGCACAAAAGGAUUCAUACUGGAGAAAAACCCUAUGACUGUAAUCAGUGUGGAAAAUCCUUCAGCAGUAGGUCUUACCUUACUAUUCAUAAGAGAAUACAUAACGGGGAGAAACCCUAUGAAUGCAAUGACUGUGGGAAAGCCUUCAAUGAUCCUUCCUCUCUUAGACUGCAUGUGAGAAUUCACACUGGAGAAAAACCCUAUGAAUGUAACCAGUGUUUUCAUGUUUUCCGCACUAGUUGUAACCUCAAAAGCCACAAGAGAAUUCAUACGAGGGAGAAUCACCAUGAAUGUAAUCAGUGUGGCAAGGCCUUCAGCACGAGGUCCUCCCUUACUGGGCACAAUAGUAUUCAUACAGGAGAGAAGCCUUAUGAAUGCAAUGACUGUGGGAAAACCUUUAGGAAGAGCUCAUAUCUGACACAGCAUAUGAGAACUCAUACUGGAGAAAAACCCUAUGAGUGUAAUCAGUGCGGAAAGUCCUUCAGCAGUAGCUUUUCUCUUACUGUUCACAAGAGGAUUCAUACUGGUGAGAAGCCCUAUGAAUGCAGUAACUGCGGGAAAGCGUUUAAUAAUCUCUCAGCUGUUAAGAAACAUGUGAGAACUCACACUGGAGAAAAACCCUAUGAAUGUAAUCAUUGUGGAAAAUCUUUCACUACUAAUUCUUACCUUUCUGUGCACAAGAGAAUACAUAACAGGUGGAUAUGAAUGCAGUAACUGAUUUCUUCUCUCUCAGACAACUCGUGACAACUCACACUAGAUGUAUGAGUCAGCUGCUGCUGCAUAACAAAUUUCCCCUUGAAACAUAGUGGCUUUAAACAGCAAACAUAUAUUAUCUAUAGAUCAGGAAUUCAGAACCAGCUUAGAUGUGUAGUUCUGGUCAGGAUCUCAUGAGGUUGUAAUCAAGAUGUCAGCAGGAGCUGCCAUCCUCCACUUUAUUGCUAAAGAGUCCACUUCCAAAAUGGCUCACUGGCACACCUGGCAAGUUAGUAGCUGGUUGUUGGCAGGGAACCUUCAUUUACUCACCAUGUUGGAUUCUCUAUAGGGUUAAAAAUCUUUAUGAUGUAGAAGCAGGGUCGUCCCAAAGCAGUGGAUUUAAAGAAGAGCUAAUGCAGAAGCUACAGUGUCUUUUAUGACCUCGUCCUGGAAGGACAUAUCAUCAUUUCUUCCAUACUUUAAGGGUCACACAGAUCACUCCUGAUACAUUGUGGGAAGAGACCAUGCUCAAUGUGAAUACCAGGAAACAGAGAUUGUUGGGAACCAUCUGAGAAAUCACUGAAAGAGGGCCUUCGGGAGACCCUCAUUCUUUCAGUCUGUUCAGUAUGAAGUAAUUCGGUACCUCCUGUGUAAAUUCACUCAUGAAAGAAACGUCAUAAGUCCAAGCUUCAUGAUAAACUUUCAGCUCAAACUCACCCCAAUGUACACAAAAGGUUAUGUAUUGGGAAUAAAUCUGAGGAAUACAGUCGUGAUAUCUAGGGAGUCAUGUGACAGUUCACACUAAAGGGAAAAUCCAAUGAACAUCAUCAGAAUGUAAAAGCCUUUAGGGACACUUGUCCCUUAAAAUGUCCUUUAGGACAUGUGUGAGGAAUCACUACAGAGGAACACUCAUGUAAGGAAUGUGGAAAACCCUGUAGCACAAGCGUUUUUGUUAACAGAAGAUGAAAUUUCAAGUACCAAGUACUAUGGGAAAGCCUUCAGGGUUCUCUCAGUUUUUAAGAGACAUGAGGAUUGAUUCUGGAGAGAACAAACCAUUGAAUGGCAUCAGUAUUGGAAAGCCUUCCAGUUUCCCACAUUCCUUAAACUUGUGAGUAUAAAGAAGGAGGGAAUGCCUUUAAUGAUACCUCUUACAUUAGGAAAAGUAUGGAAUUCCUGGAUGCAAAAACCUGUGAGUGGAUUAAUUUUGGAACAUCUUUCGAUGACUUCCGUCUUCGUUGAAUUGUGAGAAGUCGCCUGGGAGGGGCAGGAGGGGAGCCCGAGAAGGUCCUCAACGUGAGAUUGCCUGAGCUCUUCUCUGAGUGGCUGUGGAGUACUUUAAAACGGGAACGAAAAGUGUAAAUGUUAUGAGUCUGGGAUUACCUUUCAGUGUCUCAUCCUUAGGUUGGGGCAACUGGUUCUUUAAUUUUCAGUCUUUUUGCUUAAGUAGCAACAUUUGUGUCUGCAGCUGUGCCCUAAAAUAAACCUUAAGUUAUGUUCUGUAGUUUUGUAUGUAAUACAUUUAUCAUCAUUGACUCUAAAACUAUUAAUACACUGCAUAUUCAUAAAGGUACUUCUGACUAUUUCCUGAGUGAAUUAGUUUAUCCUAGUAAAAGCUAGGAUAAUUUCUAAACACCUUUUAGCAAUUGCUAAAUAGCUGAAUUGCUAUAUACUUUUUUCUAAUUUAAUGACAUUUUUAUUAAGUGGAUUUUAUGAUGCUAAUUCUUUUUUUAUCUUUCUAUUCUAGUAUGGCAGUUAUUUUUAGCCUCUUUAUCAAUGUCCAUUUUCCCCUAUGUUUUCUUAAAAGAAGAAGAUUUUGUUCUUUAAACUUUUUUUCAAGUUGUUGAUGAGUAGUAUUGAAAAUAGUCAAUCCACAGGGCAUCCCCAAAGCCCAGGGAGGUGUUCUUCUGCUCUGCUGGCCGUGAGAAGUAGGUGGAAGUCAUGGAGGGAAGCGAGGGGGACACAUCAUCAUCUGGCUUGUCUGCCUCACCCAUAUCCUGUUCACCUUACCAUUCAUUCUUGUGAAGGUGGAGUCAAGCUGUAGAGUUGGAAGAACUAUAUUUUGAUCAUGAUGACAGUGACCACAUUGUGGCAAAAAUCACAAUGAGUGGGCUCUCUAAGAGGCUCUGAUUGGCUCUUAUCACCUACAGGCUGCUUAUUCCUAGACUUCUUACAUGAUUUAGAAGUACCUUAGUGGUUGAAACUCAAGUGAUUUUUUAUUUGUUUGUUUUUGAGAUGAUCUGUUAAUGUCCUGCUGAAUAAUAUUAUUAGUUGGUCAUUUUAUAAAUGCUCCAAGAUUAUUUGAAAACUGUGUGUGUGUGUGUGUGUGUGUGCGCGCGCGCGCGUGCUCAGUCAUGUCCGACUUUUUGCGACUCCAUGGACUGUAGACCUCCAGGCUCCUAUGUCCCUGGGAUUUCCCAGGUAAGAAUACUGGAGUGGGUUGCUCUUCCCUUCUCCAAGGGAUCUUCCCGACCCAGGGAUCAAAGUGGUCUUCUGUGUCUCCUGCCUUGCCAAGUGGAUUCUUCACCAGUGAGCCACCUGUGUAUCCUCUAAUUUUCAGAUAUAGAGUGUAUUCUCAUUACCUCAAGCUAAACGUGUUUUCAGAUAUAUUAAUAGUAUGUACCUGCAAGUUUUUCCCCUCUCUCAAACAUAAUUACCAAUAGAUGUGAAUUAAAGUUCUCUACCAUGGUUGUGGAUUAACUAAUUCUUUUUGGUAAUUCUGUCAUUUCUUUAUGUAUUUUAAUGUAAUGUAAAUAAAGUACAUGCAUUUCUGA